UUAAGCACCACUCAACACUUUUAAUGGACUCGAUAGGUUUUCAAAAGAGGUUAGACGACCUAGUUAGUCUUGUAGGCUCUCUAACUAAAACCACAAAGGAGGCACAUGUUGACUCUCCCCACUCUAGGUACGUUCCCCAUUCGCUAAGUCAUGCAAGUCGGAAGAUGCCCCACUAUGCUUAUCAACCUAGAUCUGAGACCAAUCCUCAACGACCUCACUUAGAGUCACAUUACCAUUUGCCCACCUUUGAUGGCUCCUCGGACCCUUACUACCUUAGGGAUUGGGUUAGACAACUAGAGGAUUAUUUUGAAUCUUGUCAUAUCCCUGAGUCCCACCAGAUUAGGAUCGCUAAGUCUCACCUUAAAGGUCGAGCUCUUCAAUUUUGGAUAAAAGUGGAAGAUCAUAGAGAGUCUCGCGGUGAGUACCUUACUUGGAAAGACAUGAGGCGAGAUCUUAAUUUAAAAUACCGACCCUCUACCAGUGACCACCAUCUAGAGCCCCACCCUACCUCGUCUAUUGGAACUAACCGUGGACAUUACUGGGGUCGAGACCACCCAUCCUUUAGUAACGACAGGGUUGCUGCCCCACCCUGUAGGUCUUCAUUCAAUCUUGGUGACCGACCCUUUAGUGGGUCUUCUGUUGAUUCGAGCCCAUAUGACUCACCACUUGGAUCGACUUCUAACCAGCUCAGUCAACCUUUAGCCUCCCCAGUCCUUGACCCUGCAAGUGUACUUUUGAUAGAGAAAUGCAUUAACAAGAAAACGUCCUCUGAACCUAAAACGGAGUGCAUCCAUUUCGUGGAUGCUAAUGAUAUUAAGGAUAACGAAGACUUCUUUGAGGAGGAAACAAAAGUGAAUGAAUCAGACUCCCAGCAUGACUUAAAUCCUGAGCUAGAAAAAUUAGAACCUUUAAACGUCGACACCUUAGCCCACCCCGAUCCUAGUCUCCUCGAGGAUAACUCCUUGAAUAAAGUGUGCCUGAAUGAUAGUAAUGUGAUCUUGAAAGAAGCCAAUCUGACUUUGAACACAUUGAAUUUAAAUUUGGAAGAUCUUGACUUAGCUGUAACCCCUACUAAGUUGACUUUAGAUAAUCUUGAUGAUAACGAUCUCGAGUCAGAAGUGGUUAAAUUGAAUUUACUACCUGAUGUGAGCCCCAAUUUGACCAACCCCGAGCCUGUCAAUCUUAAGGUUAUACCCAAAUCUGAUUCUAUUGAUGAUAAAAAUAUGAGUUCGGAAGACAAUGAUUUGAUUCUGAAAGUUUCUGAGCCUAACUUGAAUAAUGGGUCUCAUCUUAUUUUAUUGGAGUCUAUUUUAGGAAUCACUCAUCUAGAUUUACAUUUUAAAGAGUGUGACUUUCGUGAUUGGGCUUAUCUCACAACUCCUCGUACCGACUUUAAUGUUAGAGAGAAUCUUAACCCACACUUUCAUAUCACCAAUCUAGCUGUUGUGCCCUCUUAUGUAAUGGAUACCAUACCCAAUUUCUUAAGUCCCAUACCUGCUGGUGACUCGUUUGGCUAUUCCAUUAUGGUUGUGAGUCAGGAGACAUCAUCUUACCUUGUUCCUGAUUCAUUUGUUUUGCCUACUAUGUUCUUGUCCCUCCCUGUUAAGGACAAUCUCUCUCCUAGUGGGAUGAAUUUACAAGAUGACACAAUUGACCCUAGGAGACAACCUACGACCAUAACUGAAACUUCCUAUCGAAGUGUCGUGGUAGCUAAGGAUGUCUUCAUUGCUCCCCCUAAACCAGUUCCCUUAGGCCUGAACACUUUAGAUCCCCGCAUUUAGAGACUCUUCCACAUUUUUUUUUCUUUUUUUUUAAUCAUG